AUGUCCUCGGUGGAGAUUGACCUCUACGAGGUCCUAGAGAUCACCAGCAGCGCAAGCAAAGACGAUAUUCGGAAGGCUUAUCGCAAGGCCGCUCUUGCUAGUCACCCCGAUAAGGUCCCCGAGGCCGAACGAGAAGCCGCGGAGAUCCGGUUCAAGGCCGUGCAGGAAGCCUACGAUAUCCUUUACGAUGAAGAAAAAAGACACUUGUACGAUACCCAUGGCAUGUCUGCGUUUAAUGGCUCCGGCGAGCCCGGAAUGGCUGGAGGCCCCGAUCUGGACGAUAUCCUAGCGCAGAUGUUCGGAAUGGGUGGUGGGAUAGGUGGAAUCGGGGGGAUGGGCGGCAUGCCUGGAGGCCGGCCCCCUAAGCCACGGAAGAGUCCCGAUGAGAACACCAAGUACGAAGUGCGUCUGGAGGAUCUCUACAAGGGCAAGACGGUCAAGUUCGCCAGCACGAAGAAUAUCAUCUGUGGUCAAUGCCAGGGUAAGGGCGGUAAGGAACGGGCGACCGCGAAAAAGUGUUCGACGUGCGAUGGACAAGGUUUCAAGCAAAUCUUGACGCGGAUGGGCCAGUUUCUGACCCCAUCAACGGUCACUUGCUCAACAUGCAAUGGUCAGGGAGAGUUCUUCAGCCCCAAGGACAAGUGCAAGAAGUGCAAGGGAAACAAAACCGUGGAGGCGAAGAAGAUGCUGGAGAUCUACAUCCCUCGCGGCGCAAAGGAAGAAGAUAAGAUCGUGCUCGAAGGUGAGGCGGAUCAGGUACCGGGCCAGGAGCCCGGCGAUAUCGUCUUCCAUAUCGAAGAAGAGGAACACCCCGUUUUUCGCAGAGCUGGUCCCGAUUUGACCGCCACCAUCGACGUCACAUUGGCCGAAGCCCUCACAGGCUUCUCGCGCGUGGUUCUCAAACACCUUGACGGCCGAGGCAUCGAGAUCACCCACCCCAAGACCCCCGGAGAGGUUCUUACCCCUGGUCAGGUCCUGAAGGUUGCCGGAGAGGGCAUGCCACACAAGCGCGGCGAUUCGCGCGGUGACCUGUACCUCAUCAUCAAUAUCAAGUUCCCUGAUGAGAAAUGGAAACCUAGCCCGGCAGUUCUGGAAAGACUCCGAGAAAUGCUGCCCAAGCCGGAUCCUCUGAUCCAGACCGACACAGUCGAUGACGUUGAGUAUGAUCCUCAGGGUAACCUUGACGACUUUGGAGCUGGUGAUCCUCGUGGUGGCGCCGGGUGGGAAGAUGAUGAGAAUGAUGAGCCAGCUCAGUGUGCGACUCAAUAG